AUGCCCCUGACCACACCAUCCGUGUACCCGCCAGCGUGCGGCGAGUUCUUGAAAUGGCCUAGCCGGCGGAGUGUAGUGCACAGCACCAAGGGCAUGGUGGCAUGCACACAGCCCCUGGCAGCCAAAUGCGGCAUCGACAUUCUAAAUGCUGGUGGUAAUGCUGCUGACGCUGCUGUCGCAGUGGCCGCCGGUCUCAACAUCACCGAGCCCACGUCGACCGGCAUCGGCGGCGACAUGUUCUGCCUGUACUACGACGCCAAAACCGGCAAGGUGUCGGCCCUGAACGGCUCGGGGAGGUCAGGCGGCAAAUGCACACUCGAGACGAUCCGCAAGGACUUGGGGCUGGCCGAUGACGAGCUCGGCGAGAUGCCCAUGAACAGCGUUCACGCCGCCACCGUACCGGGCGCCGCGGCGGGAUGGGUCGACACGGUCGAGCGGUUCGGGAGCGGCAAGCUGAGUAUGGAACAGAUCCUGGCGCCGGCGAUUGAGCUGGCCGAAAAGGGGUUCCCUGUUUCCGAGGACACUGCCUUCUUUUGGAAAGUCAACGAGGCACCCCUCCGCAAGGCUUCCCCCAACUUUGCGGAGAUGCUCAAGGCCGACCCGUCAGCCCCUGAUGGGGUGCGCGCCCCCAAGGCCGGCGACAUCAUGAAGAUGCCCAAUCUCGCCCGGACGUUCCGCACGCUCGCGACAGAAGGCAAAAAGGGCUUCUACACGGGCCGCAUCGCCGAGGAAAUCAUCAAGGUUGUCCGCGACCGCGGCGGCCACCUCGAGCUCGCCGACCUCGCGCACCACCUCGAACAGGGCAGCGAGCCAGUCGACCCCAUCUCGCUCAAGUUCCGCGGCCAGGGCUGCGGCUCCUCCCCGCGGUCCUCCCCCGGCGGCGGCGGCGUCGAGCUCUGGGAACACCCGCCCAACGGGCAGGGCAUCGUAGCGCUGAUGGCGCUCGGCAUUUUCCAAGAGCUCGAAGCAUCAGGGCAAGAUCCCCACCUUUCACCCCCGCGGACCACAACACCACGCCCUACCCUCCACGCUCAUCAUCGAAUGCCUCCGCCUUCGCCUUCGCCGACGCGCACUGGUUCGUCACGGACCCCACCACCACGCCCGUCCCCUUCGGCCUCCCUCAUCUCCCAACCCUACCUCGCCUCCCGCGCCAAACUCUUCAACCCCUCCGCCACCACCCCCGACCUCACCCACGGCAACCCCAACCCCAACACAUUUCCCUCCCCGGCCCUCCGCUCCAGCGACACGGUCUACUUCGCGGCGGCCGACUCCGCCGGCAACGCCAUCUCCUUCAUCAACUCCAACUACGCGGGUUUCGGCUCGGCCCAUGGUGCCGCGCCGGCUGCGGCUUCACGCUGCAGAACCGCGGCCGCGAACUUCAGCCUGACCCGCGGCCACCCCAACGUGCUCGCGCCGCGGAAGCGGCCUUACCAUACCAUCAUCCCGGGGCUGGUGACCUGUCUCGGAGAGGGGGGGGACGGGGAUGGGCCCCAAAAGGGGGAGUUGCAUAGUGUGUUUGGCGUCAUGGGUGGGUUCAUGCAGCCGCAGGGCCACGUGCAGGUGCUUCUGGGGCAGAUUGUGGGCGCGCUCAACCCGCAGCAGGCGCUGGAUGCGCCGAGGGUGUGUAUCGGGGCGGGGAUGGCGGAUGUUGGGGAUGUGUAUAGCGAGGUGGUGUAUGUGGAGGAGGGCAUGCCCGAGGCGACGGUGGAGGGGCUGCGGAAGUUGGGGCAUCCGGUCAAGGUGCUCGGGGGGUGGGGUGGUAUGGGCAGGCAGAUGUUUGGGCGCGGGCAGAUUGUGAGGUGGACGGUGGAUGAGGUGGAGGGGACGGGGGUGUGGUCGGGGGGGAGUGAUAUGCGUGGGGAUGGGGCCGCGUAUCCGGCCUGA